UACACCUCUUCCUGGCCCUGUGUGUUUUUAUUUUUUUGGUAGCUCUACCCAUAAAAGGCGCUCACACUGUCUGGUAGAUUCCACGGCCAUGGCUUAGAACUUCAGACAGAGAAACCCAAAUCGAAAAAUCGCGUUUCAGGGUAAACGUGUUGGAGAACACUCUGUGAAUGCGAUUUUGCAUGUUCUGUUUCAGUUGUUUUCCUCUAUGAGGUGAGGCAGACAAGUUUGAUGAUGGCAGACAUACCAGGUUAUGUGCGUUCGUGCUUGCAUACUGGAAAACUUGCUCUCUUGGCAAUUUUGGUCUCUGGAGGGAUUGUAUUGCAAAUUUUGGCAUGUGCUUUGUACAACAAUUGGUGGCCGAUGGUAACGGUAUCGAUGUAUGUGCUUCUUCCCAUGCCUUUGCUGUUCUUUGCCGGAUCUGAUAGUUCAUCUCUGUUUUCUGAAUCUGACAACAACUGGGUGAAUGCGACUAAGUUCUUGACUGGAGCUUCAACUAUUGGAAGCCUUGCCAUACCAGCCAUAUUAAAGCAUGCCGGUGUUAUUAGUUGGGGGGCCCUGGCAAUGGAGUUCUCAUCAUUUUUCAUAUUUGUUUUAGCCAUAAUGUGUUACAUUAGGAUGAAUAGUGAAGAUGAUUACAGUGUGCUUUGAGAUAUGGCUCUCCAGGUGCCUUGCUCUAUUUGUGUAAACAGUCUCUGCUUCCAUAUAAGAGGAUUUUUGUUUCAUGAU